CGCUCGCGAGCUUUCUCGGUUGUUUCGCGGUGCUGCCGCUGCCGACACGAUUCCGAGCCCAUCCACCUGGUGGAGGCGGCUCCUGGCUGCGCUCACCUGCCGCCAUCGCCAGCUGCCGCUGCUCUGCGAGUUCUUCCGGAGCGAUCGACGCUUCGCCGGCGAGUAUCGGCUCCUGUGAUUGAUCCCCCGACGCGUGUGUGCAACAAGUGCGCGAGCCUCCCAGCCGGGGAUGACGGCAAACGGCCGGCCCUCGGCUAGUAAAAGCCCUACCGAGAAGGCCCGCAGCCCCGGUUGUCGCGCGCGUCCAGCUCGUUCGAUUUGUCCAGUGCUCUUGUAGCGCUCGAUCCUCCUUCCGUUUAUUUACUUCUGCUACACAACCACCGACAUCGCCAUCACCAUCACCAUCACCAUCACCGCCUGUCGAGUCUUUCAGGAUUUAAUCAAGGGAUUAUUGGAUUAUAAUAAAUUGUCGAGGCGGAGCUCUGCGCACCCGAUGUGCCCAUAAAAUCCUAAAGUCUGGCUUAUCCUUUAUGUCAAUAGUGAUAAUGGCCUACCUUGGAUAAAUGGUAGCGUGCCUGUCGGUGGCAAAAUUUUGGUGAUCAGGGAACGUGGGGCCGCGCCGUGCCCCAAUGGCGGCGUAUCGCGCGCGCCACGCGGUCGCGCCCACGUGGCGACCCGGCAGAUAACGGCGGCACCCGAGCCCAGGAAACCGCACAUCAUAGGUGGCACCAUGCUGCCGCGGAAAUCCGAGGGCCGUUACGAGCCCUACGCUCUCGAGGACAUGAUAUCCAGCCUGCAGACGCGCGGCACGAGCUACGAGGAUGGUACCGAAGAACCCGGUGAGCUCCUGAAGCAGCGCGAGCGCGACCUCGUCCUCGCGGCUGAACUCGGCAAGGCCCUACUCGAGCGCAACCAGGAGCUCACGAGACAGAGCGAGGCCCUCGCCGAGAACUACGCCAGCAAAGUCGAGAGCCUCGAGCAGGAGCGUCACCUACUGCGUCGCAAGCUCGAGGAGGCGAGGGGCGAGAACGAGGCGCGCGCCCUCGAGCUCCAGGCCGACCUCGAGUCGCUGCGUGCCCAGCUGGAGGAGCAGAGCGAGAGGGCGCGGAGGGCUGAGAGGGACCAGGCGAAUCUCGUGACCGAGCUCACCGCCCAGAACGCGAGACUCGCCGAGCAGCUGCGCGAGGCCGCCAAGCAGGAAGAGCAGCUCUUUGCCGAGCUCAAGCAUCUCCGGGAGAAGUGCAGUCUCAGGAGCACGACCCUCCAGGACCAUGUCAGCAGUCUCGAGGUCCUGCGCGAUGAGGUGCAGCUGGUGUCGCAACAACGGACCGAGCUCGAGAGGCGCUCCCUCGAGCUGCGGGAAGAAAGGGCCCGAGCGAUGGCGGCCCUCGAGGAAGCAGAGGAGCGGGCGAUGGCCCUGGAGCGUCUGGGGCACGAAGCCGAGCGUCGGGCCACCCUCGCCGAGCGCGAAAGGGACGACCUGGCGGCCACCCUCGCCGCGAUCGAGAGUCAACAACAGCAGCAUAAUCAUCAACUACAGGCACAGCCGCGCUCGCUCCAAGCGGAGAUGGAGUACGAGGAGAGCGCGGGCAGCUCGCUCGGACUCGAGCUCCAGCAGCGCCAGGAUCUCGACCAGGAGGUCGGCCGGGCCUGCCGCAGAUUACGGGAGCUCUCGAGUCAGCUUCGUCGGGGUGAGGACGACUCCGGGCUGCAGAGCGAUUGCGACGAGUCGAUGCUCGUGCUCAACAACGUCAGCGAGUCCGAGACCAAUUACCCGGGUGCCCUCUCCGAGAUCGUCGAGGAGGUGUUCGGCCUGGCGUUGGCCGGCGUUCGGGGUGGCCCGGCCGAGCUCGGUCUCGCCGUCGAACUUCACCGCUCGAAGGAGGAGCUCGAGCAGACCAAGGACCAGCUGAGGCACGCCCAGGAUGAGCUGAGACGGCGAGGCGAGACCCUGCUCGAGACCGCGAGUAAGCUCAAACUCUGCGAGGCCGAGCUCCAAGGGGCCCAGGAGGAGAGGGACAGAGCGCGCAACGACAUCGAGGACUCCCAGCUGUCCAAGGACGAGGUUCUCGCCCAGGCGCUUCAGACGAGGGACCAGGCGGUCGCGAGGAAGAACAAGGUCGAGGUCGAGCUCGCGCGCACGCGCAUCGACAUGCUCCAGAUAAACAGCCAGCUGAUGGAGGCCAUUCAGCAGAAAAUCGAGCUGAGCGAGCAGCUCGAGCAGUGGCAAAUGGACAUGCAGACGCUCCUCGACGAGCACGUGCGCAGCAAACUGGCGCCGCCAAGCGUCGCCCCGACGGCCGCUGGCGAGACCUCCGAGCCCAUCGCCUCCGCUCGCAAAAAGCGCAUCAGCAGCGGCUCCAAAAAGAGAUUCGGCAUUUUCUGACGUUUCGACUGCUAGGACGAUCACGAUGAUUACCCGAGGCGACCGUUUUUAAUAUGCUGAUUAAUCG